AUGUCAUCGGCUCUCAAUCACGUUCGAGGCCUUUCGGGGGUACCCUCUUUAAGAGCCGCGCAGAGGCGCAACUACGCAUGUCGCAAGGACCUACACGGUGACGCAUUAUUCCCAUAUCAUAAUGAUCUGCUGCGAAGCAUCCGACGUGCAUUCCAUUCUGGUUCUUCCCACGCUUUAAAACCACAACUCGCGCAGCUAGAUCUCGAGCAGCAGGAUGGGUAUCGUACCGAGGCCAAUAAGCCAUCUUUACAACUGCCGAAGGAUUCCCAGCAUCCGAGAAAACCACACACGCAGAAGCCAUAUCCAAGAUUGUCGAAAACCUCACAAAAAUACCAACCGACCCCAUCCGAUUAUCUUUCAGAAUCCCUUCGGAGUGCAGGAUAUUUCCUUGGGUCCGGCAGGACCAUUGCACGAGCCGCGAUCGACCUCGACCUAGAUCAUGUCCUUCCUAAAAAAGGGUUUCAAAUUUUACCAAGUUCCGGACCACGUUUCGUACGACAAUCUCUCCAGACUACACUUGGGGAAUACAUCCGCCUGGUGGAACCACUGUUGAAGAAUGAAGGAGACAAGUCGAAUGCCUUAGACAUUGCCCUCAUGAGUGUAUUUCGAAAGGACAGCCACCGUUAUCUUACAGCGCGAGGCUACGAUGUCGAAGAUGUGGCUGCAUGGGCUUGGAUUUUGACGAGCAAGAAUUCUCAUAAAGCAGUCUCUCGAAUAUUUGCACUUGAAGCCGAUGGCAUAACUCGAACAGGAUGCAUGGAUGGGCCUAGGGUGCCGCCUUUCAUCACCUUGUUUCUGUUGAAAGAGCAAUACUUGGAACCCCAUGUUCUGCGGUUGCUAUUGAUUCAUUCUUUACAUCUCAUGAGCGGUGAGUCACUGCCGGCCAUCGGAAACCUUGAAAACUUGGAAACGAAUGCUCCGACGGAACAGCCAGUACCCAAAGUUGAUGUGACUACAUGUGCAAUGCUGGUUGUUCGCUUGAUCCGGCAUGCGCGACAGGUCUGGCCGGAGGCGUUUCCAUUCAUUGCGCGCGCGUUUGCUGGCUUUCUGACCAGACCAAACCUAAACGAGGGUGGGAAAUCAAAGUCCGAGAGGGCCAAGAUUGAUCGAUUGAAGACGAAAAACUUCAACGAGUGUCUUUGGGAGCUCUCGUUCCCCACGAAAAUACAUCCAUUCCGAUCAGCCUUCAUACAACAACAGGCACAGUUUGAGCUCCUUAGGGCUAUGGCCUCUCAUAAGCCUGUUCUUCCUGUGACACGGUCAGGCUACCGAGCUGUAGUCGCAGUUCAGCUUGCUCACAAAAAGACAACUGCUGAGCGCCAGUCUGCUAAAUUGAAAGCCCCUUCGUGGCCUCCAUGGAAAGAGGAAAAGCUUGGUAUGGAUGCUCAACGAGGAAAUGAGGGCCUUCACAGUCGUGCGAUGAAAGUGCUGUUCCAGAUGAAAGAAGCAGGUUACUCUCCUCAUCUGUGGGAGGAAAUAUCUGCCAUCCUAGCUGGCUGGGACUCUGAUAGUAGCCCCACAGUGCAAACAAGAGCACUAGCCCUUCGCCGACCAUCUCUGGCAUUGGAAAUACCUUACGUCCGCAACCAUCACCUGAAAUGGGUGGCACGAAUACGCGCUACUAGAACUGUACGUGAAGCUUGGGCUUGCUUUUUGUCCUAUCAGGACCAUGGCCUACCUCCCAAAGGGGUCAUUUAUGCUACAAUGGCCGAAAAAUUAAUUUUUCGCCAAAAGGCGACUCAUGGCAAUUUCGAUCUAGCUAGUCAUGCCUUACCUGGUGACGGGCCGGAGGUUUACCCUGAGCCGGCGUCUGCUCGGGAUAUCAUCUAUGUGCGCACAGAACCACCCACCUUGGAUGACUUUCUGGAUGAAAUGAUCUCGCAGGGAUUCCGUCCUUCCGGAAGACUGCUCGCGCUCCUUGUUCAGUCUGCUCCAAGUCUCUCCUCGGGAUUGGCCUACUUGCAAUGUAGCAACCUCACAGACGAUCAGAUCAUGGCACUGUGCACUGUCUGGCGUCAACCGCCAGAAUACCAAGAAUCGCAUCUCAAGGCACUUAAGUCAGUGCCGGAUAUUCUAUUCGGCUCAUUCAUCGCGUUUUUGUGCCGAAAUUCGCGAAUGACAGUGGCCACAUAUGUAAAGGACAUAUUUAUGGCCGACCGCCCACCCCAGCCAGUCACCGAAGACCAGCCCCUUGUCAAUCUUCUAGAGUACCGGGAAAAUGAACAACAGAUAGGUCAUCCGAUGGCCUUCCGGCAUGCCAUCCAAUUGGUCAAGUCGCGGCAGCCACCUUGCCGCUGGGCAUGGCAUAUCCUCCUUUCUGCCUUGUGUCGUGAUCCUAUUCAGGGCUAUGAGCGAGCGUAUGACAAAAGACUUUUCCGCAUAUUGGCAUGGCACGGGAUGGUUGAGGUGUUGAAUUGGAUGCGAGCUCGCAAUAUUGAAAUUGGUCCAGACGAUUUCCAACCAUUAUGUGUGACAUUCUACAGAGCUGUUGAUGCUGGCAUUCAUCAGCCUUCAAAGGUGGAAAAGGCACUGAAGCUCUACCAAACCGCUACGAGUUGCCCAGAGAUUGAAGGCGGAGAUGCCUUUGAUAUCCUGAUUGAGGAUGGCCUUUCACUCCUGAAGACCCAAUUUGAUCAGUUGGUUCUGCCUUCGACGAAAACGUCCAGUGUAGCAGAGAGAGGCGUGUUUGGAAUGGACAACAAGAGCGAGUCACCACUUGACUUGCCUGCGCAUCUCCACGUUCCAUUUUUUGCGACGCUGCAUAGUUUUGUGCGGGCCAUGGGAAUCGUGGGAGACGGUGAUGGUCUGUUACAUCUACUGCGGUGGAUGAGUCGAUCAGCUGAUCAGCUGAACGAGCUUGCCGAGGAGCGUCUAAAUGGGGAGCGAAUGAUGCGACAGACCCUGGUGGCGAUCCGGUUGUACCUGGAGAAGCUACAACCCCAGUCGAUCAAGGGUGACCGGAUAGCAUCGGACUGUAAAGUGCAAGAGGCAUACGACAUUCGCCCCGACUCGCCCGCCUCACCCCCCCUCACCACCUUCUCCCGCCAGACCGCGACACAGACGACGCGAAUUUUCAUCUCGCGAUACAGCACUAGCCCCGAGGACGUAAUCAAGACCCAACAGGUUCCCGCCCCUGGAUCCGGUCAUGUGCGCGUGCUGCAGCUGAACCGACCCAACGCCCGAAACGCAAUCUCCCGUCAGCUGCUCGAAAGUCUCUCAAAGCAUGUCAAGUCCAUCGCCGCGGAAGAGGGCAACGGCCCGACGCGCGCCUUGGUAGUAGCAAGCAACGUCGAUGCCGCAUUCUGCGCAGGCGCAGACCUGAAAGAGCGCGCCAAAAUGACACCUGCUGAGACAGAAGAUUUCCUCAUGGACCUCCGCAGCACCUUCAAAGAACUCGCCAACCUCCAGAUCCCCACCAUAUCCGCCAUCUCCUCCAUGGCUCUUGGCGGUGGUCUUGAGCUCGCCCUCUGCACUCACCUCCGCGUCUUCGGCUCUUCCUGCCUGGUCGGUCUCCCGGAGACCCGUCUCGCAAUCAUUCCCGGCGCCGGUGGCACCUACAGAUUGCCCGCAUUGAUUGGUAUGAACCGCGCGCGCGACAUGAUCCUCACAGGUCGCCGGGUGACGGGCCCAGAGGCGUAUUUCAUGGGACUGUGCGACCGCCUUGUGGAGGUCUUGCCUGAGGAGUCGACGCAGGAGGGCGUUGCACGUGAGAAGGUUGAGAAGGCUGCUAUCCGCUUGGCGCUAGACAUCUGUGAGGGUGGCCCUAUUGCCAUCAAGCAGGCGCUAUUGGCUGUUGAGGGAUCACCGAUGGGCGAGGCCUCUGAGAACCGGGCUUAUGAGGGUGUGAUUGAGACUGAGGAUCGGUAUGAGGCGCUGCGCGCUUUUGCUGAGAAGCGCAAGCCUGCUUUCCGUGGACGGUAA